AUGGAUAUCGCCUCGAGAGGCCGCAGCAAACUCGACGCUCGGGGCUUAGCAACUGACUUGACUCAGUUCCAAAAACUUCUUGCCCUCUCCACGGGUGAAAGUUGGCGGACCCGUGGCCUAAAGGCAGCGUCAGAUAUUGUUGGCCUAGAUUUCACAAUCCCGAUCCAACCUCAAAAUCCACUGGAGCUGGUCCAAGCGUUCAAGAACAUCGGCAAGGAUUCGGGCAAGACCACGCCCGCACACGGCUCAGCUAUGGCGUGGUUGGCACACAUCGAUCUCCUCAAGUUUGUGAUUGCGUCCGGGUUUGAAACGGCCUUCAUCGUCGAAGACGAUGUUGACUUUGACGUUAGGCUCAAGGAACAAAUUCGACUUGUCUCGGAUAAUGUUCGGCAAUUUGUCGAGAUACCAGCUCACGACCCUCGUCCUUAUGGCGACAACUGGGACGUUCUCUGGCUGGGCCAUUGUGGAUCUGCGAUUGAAGACGACAUGCCUGCAAUGCUCAAGUAUCGGGACGAGACUCGCUGCAAGACAGAACAUUACUCAGGCUGGUCGAAACAUUACUUGAGAGACAAAUUGGAAGACCAGCAUCGACUGGUGCAGACUUCAGUUCAGACGGUUUGCACCUUUGGUUAUGGGGUGACGCGACAGAGCGCGCCCAAGAUCCUCCAGCUAUUGGGAACCGGUUCUAAUGAAGCAUUUGAUGUUUCCAUGUCUUCAUUUUGCAAAUCAGGCGACCUUCGCUGUGUGGUUGUGAACCCUCAGAUCAUGAACCACUAUGAACCAGCCAAAGAUGCCGGAUACUUAAGCCCAGUGCACGUUGGCGACGGACAAGGGAGCUCGACCGGUGACAUGGCAUUCGAAGGAGUUAUGGGGGCAACUGGCAACAUCGAACAGAGCGCUCGAUGUAAAGCUCUCUUCAAUGAUGUCUGCAUGCGACCGCCCUCGGAAAUAUGA